AUGACUCGAAACAGAAUUGCAUUAAAAGAACUAUUGCGGCAUGCCCCUGGGGCAGGUCUUAAAUUAUUAAUUAAUUUUCAUUUUUCGUUUUACUUAAAAAAAGGUUUUGGAAUGCAAGGAUUGGUUUAUGUAUUUUUAAAAAGAGAUUUUGAAAUUGACAGUGCUAGAAUGGCUAGAGCAGUUGAUUAUUAUGCAGAUAUGGGACAGCCUUAUCAAAUUUUGAUGUUCCCGGAAGGGACGGACAAAACAGCACAUACAAGUGCUCAAAGUGAUCGGUAUGCUGAUAGGGAAGGAUUGCCUAGAUUGAAACAUUUACUCUAUCCGCGUACAGCAGGAUUUGUACAUUUGGUGCAGAAAAUGCGGCAAAGUGAAUUUUCUUAA